GGGCAGCUGACCCCUUGUCGCCUGGAGCUCUUCUGUAAUUCCGGGAGAUUUUCAGGGGCCCCCUGGAGGCUGACAACCAGGCCGGAGACCACCGCCUGCGCUUUCAGACCACUGCCCAACCCCAUCUGUAGUUUUGGGCGAGUGGAAAGUGCCCCCCACCCCGGUGCUCUCUCCUCCUCCUCCUUCCCGUUAAUCGGACGGUGGACUUCACCCCCUCUCCUGACGUCACCGGCGACCCCUCCUCCGGCUAGAUUUGCUCGGCCCGACGGGGCGGAGAGGCGAGUCGGCGCGGCUGGCGGCUGAGUCCGGCGAUCGCUCCUGUCCACGCGCGGCGUCCGGCCAUGGCGCUGCUGCUGGAGGCGGUGGGCUUCUUCCUGGGCACCGUCGGGUGGGCGCUGCUGGCCGUCACCCUCUUCAACAGCUACUGGCGGGUCUCCACCGUCUCGGGCAACGUGAUCACCACCUCGACCCUCUUCGAGAACCUCUGGCAGAGCUGCGCCACCGACUCCACCGGCGUCUACAACUGCUGGGAGUUCCAGUCCCUGCUGGAGUUGCCCGCUUACCUGCAGGCGUCUCGGGCCCUCAUGAUCACGGCGCUGGUGCUGGGCUUCUUUGGAAUCCUCUUCGCCAUGGUGGGGAUGAAGUGCACCAAAGUGGUGGAGGAGAACCCCAACGUGAAGGCAAAGAUGGCCGCUAUCGGAGGCUCCCUGUUUGUCAUGACUGGUAUCUGUGGGAUGGUGACUAUCUCUUGGUACGCCUUCAACAUUACCCGAGACUUCUUUAACCCGCUGUUUGCUGGCACCAAGUAUGAAAUUGGCCCGGCUCUCUACCUGGGCUGGAGCGCAUCACUGCUGGCCAUCAUCGGAGGAGGCUUCCUGUUCAGCUCAUGUCGGGCUCACUCCUCGCCAGAGAAGAGUUACAACUAUCCCUACAAGGGCACGAAAAGCGCUGCAUCGGCCCCGAAUAUGACGCCUGUCCGGCCCCGUGUGGACUCCACCACCAGCAGUGCCGGGAAGUAUGGCAAAAACGCUUAUGUCUAAGGCUGUGUGGAGGGGUGUGCCCUGAAGGGCACCUUCAGAGACUUUUCUGGAACUGGAAAGGGAGACGGCAACUCUCAAGGGACAUUUCAUCUCUCAGCCCUCCCUCUGGACGUUUUACAAAGCUCUGGUGAGGCUAGAAACUGAACGAAUCCACGGAAACCACGUUUCUGGAAGAUGCUGCAUUGAACCAGAUUAUUUAUUGAGUGCUCUCUCUGUGUAUAACAGUUUUGUGCUGUUGUCCUCUGCGGGGACAGUCCCCUGUUUGGGUGGGGGCCACACCUAUGCCUUUGGUUGUAAACCUCCGAUGCCAAUUCUGGUGGGAUAACCAGGGGCAUACCAGAGUUCAUUAAUAUACGUAUGUUUAGUUCUGGGGCUCCUUCCAUCAAGGCCAAUAUGCAGUCGCCCUGCGCGGCUCACGUGUAGUGCAAACAGGCUUGCCAACUUACAGGUGGGGGCUGGAGAUCUGGAAUUACAAUAUCCAGAUGCCAGGGAUUAAUCCCCCUGUAGGGAUAAACAGUCCGUUUAAAGGGUAUCACAGGAGGUGGUGACUGCCACUCACCUGGAUAGCUUUAAAAGGGGCUUGGACAGAUUUAUGGAGGAGAAGUCGAUCUAUGGCUACCAAUCUUGAUCCUCUUUGAUCUGAGAAAUGCCUUAACAG